AUGGUGUUUGAUUUCGCGCCGGUAAUUUUCUCUCCAUGUUUGCAGGACGAUUUGAGCGCCACUCUUGAUGAACCUUUGUGGUUUCACGCAGCAGAGCAUGUUGAGGAACUGAGGACUUUUGCCAGGGGAUUCAAAGGCACCAGGUAUCUUCAUCUCAUAGACAUCUUUGGCUACUCAAAAAAGAUGAGCCAAGCCUGGUCCAAGAGGGGUUACAAAGCUGCUCAGUAUGACAUCUUGCUUGGUGGCCGCAGUGAUGACAUCCUAUCCAAGAGAGGGUUUUUGAAUCUAUUCCGUUUGGGUUUGAGCCUUGUGGUUGGUGGAGUGAUCAUCGGCGGCCCACCCUGCGCCAUGAACGUUUUCCUGUCUACGAGCGUUCACAAGAGGCAUCUCCUGGGCAGCAAAGGCGACCUCAAGAACAAAAAGGUUAGGAUGAGCAACCUGAUUGUUCAGAACCUUGGUGUGUUUCUGGAGCUUCUCUUUGAAGAAGAACGGUUCUUCUUCGUGGUUCUGGAACAACCCACCUCCUCCUGGCUGUUUAAACUAGAGUGGAUGAUUGCCAUGGGAGCCCUUUUGGGCUGCAGGAAGAUCCACACAUGGCUGUGUUUCUUUCAACAUGAUCUACUCAAACCUACCCACCUCUUUGGAAACUUGACGAACCUGGAAGAGAUGGCACGGCACUUGACUGCUGCAGACCGCAAGAAGUACAAAGCACGUUUGGAAGACCGCCAGUCAAAGCGCAAGCGACCUAGAGCAUACUACAAAAAGGAUGCUCAGGGCCGUGUACACGGUUGCGCAGAUCUUUCCAAAACAGCAGACUACACAGCCAGUUUUUGUACAGCCUUAUUUCAGAUUUGGGUAGAUGCUUUUGAUCAGAUUGAUCAGAAUUGA